AUGCAAAUUCAUCAUAGUAAACAUCAUCAAGCGUAUGUUAAUGGACUUAACACGGCCGAAGAAAAGUUUGAACAAGCGCUUAGAGAUCAAGAUGUUACUGGACAAAUCGCUUUACAAUCGGCAUUAAAAUUUAAUGGUGGAGGUCAUGUUAAUCAUUCCUUAUUUUGGACAAAUCUCGCGCCCACUAAAGAGGGCGGUGGUGAGCCUCCUAAGGGAGCUCUUCAUAGCGCUAUCCAGAAAGAAUUUGGGUCUCUUGAUGAUUUCAUUAGCAAAUUUAAUACAAUAACCGCUGCAGCCUAUUAUUUGCAGUAUAAAAAUGUCAGACCUGACUACUUGAAAGCCAUUUGGAAUGUGGUUAAUUGGAAAACGGUUGCUGAAAGAUUAGCAAAGGCUCAGUCAUCUUCCGAAUGA